UAAGGAUUGGAGUACAAGAAGGAAGCCUAUUAUCCUCUGAGACAGUAGAAGCAGCAGUGGUUGCUCUUGUAGGAGGAGAGUUCGAGUUUCCUGCUAAUACUGUGCUAGUGAGUGCUGUGUAUGCAGUAUCACUCUCAAAGCCUCUCCUCAAACGACUCAAGUUAGAGAUACAGCACUGCGUUGAUUUAACAGGACGACCAGGUCUUAGUCGUUAUCUGAAGUUUGCUAUAGCUCCCGUCAACACACCCAGUCUUCCUUACCACUUCUCAGUAGUUGAGGGAGGAGAGUUUAGGUCUAAUAGUGGGUAUGGAUCCAUUCAACGUAAAAAGUUCUGUUUGGUUUGUAUACUGGGAGAAGAUUGGACUAAUGAAGAUUCAGAUUCAGAAGAUGAUGAAAAUGGGAGCAAUGAUGAUUCUUCUAGUCAUUCAUCAGAUUCAUCCAGUGGAUCAGACAAGACAGGUGGUCCACCAGGAGCUAGCAAUGGAGCAGCAAAUGAAUCUAAUCAAGAGGAGGAGGAGGAAGAUGAAGGAGAUCAGGAAUUAGGUGACAAAAUUGAAGCAGUUACUGAAGGAGCAGCAACACCUCUCACUGUAUUUGACAGUAAGAAUGAAUCAGACCCUUCAACCACUGAUAAAUUCAAAGGUGUAGGAAAGGGUAUAACAUACACUGGAAUGCUUUAUUAUGAAAAAGACGGAGUAGAAGAUUUGGUUACCUUCACUGCAGCUAAGAAACUAAAUGCUCUCAUUAAGUACAUCACAAAAAAGCAUUCUCAUGCUAAGACAGGACAGCAUGCUUAUUUUCGUUUUCAAGAUAAAGAUGGAUACAUUGAAUUAAAGUUUGAUGCUCCACAAGAUGAGCCUAUCACUGGAUGGGAUAUUAGGCCUCACAUCAAACCAUGCAGGUUGUAUCGUUGUGAUGUUAACAAUUUUGGUAGCAAAGAGUAUCCUCUUCCUCCAUCUUGUCUGAUAUCAGUGUAUGGAUCACCUGAUGCUGUCCCUACACUACAUUACUCCAUACCACUGGAAGGUGUGGCUGGUCCUGUUUCAUUUUAUAUUCAUCGAUCACUGAGAACUGCUCCUCCUUUAACAGAUUCUACUAUCUCCUCCUCCUCCUCUAAUGUAGUACAUGAAUCAGCGUCAGUAUCAUCCACUGGAAAAGCUAGUCCAUCAGCUACUGUUGAUGUCAAUAAAGUAAAGAAAGUGAUCAAUGAUGUUCUUGUAUCUCAUUAUGCUGAUCUUACUUCUCUACCAAUGGAAGCUGUCUCUGAUCUUGCCAAUAAACUAUUUACUCUUCAUUUGGUCAAUAAUGCUGUCAGAGGGAAUCCUUCAAUAGAGAAGUUUAUUGAUGAGUUCAAGGCUGGUCUUAUUUUUCAGAGGAAGUUACCUCAAGUGGAGGAGCACUGUCAAAAGUUUUUAAACUCGUUCAUUGCUGUUAGUGGCAGUUAUGCUUAUGCAGCAAUAGCUCUGCACCAGGACUGGAUUGAAGCUAUUAGUAAUGAACUGGGGUUUGAUUUUAAUGUUGAUAUUGAUAAUUAGUUUUGUAUUUAUUUCAUUUUG